AUUAGGUACAUUGUUGUCAAGUUACGAUUAUAUUUUAAUACCACUUUUGUAAUAAGUAGUUUUGUGAUUAGUAGGCCUAAAUGUACCUUUUUCUUUUUUCAGAAUCAUAAUCUAUGUUCGCCUUUACAAGGAAAAUAUAGUAACUAAGAAUGCUUUAGGUAUAUAUAUUCUAUAUAAUAUUCGAUAUUUUAUUAUUUUACUAUAACAUUUUGCUGUAACUUUUAUUAUAGGUAACAUUUUAUAAUUUUAACUAUGUUUUAUAUAAGUAUGAUUAUACAAUACUAUGCUUAACUUAACAUCCUCAGUUUUCCUUUAUUGGGUUACCCUUUCGUGGGUAUAGGCCUCCUCCAUCAGUUCACAUUUAAAUCUUACAUAGGUAUCUACUCUUACAUUCAAGUAAGGAGUAUAGUAAGUAUAGGAUAUGAUUUUGAUGUGAGGGUUUUGGUCUGAGACUCCCACAUCGACCACCUGUACUGGGAGCUAAUGAACUGUAUUUACUUUUGAAUUUUUAUUUUUCUUAAAAUGACGUUUUGGGAGAGGCAUUUUUAAUUUGCGUUGGUUUUGAUUAUUAAAACUGUUUUCUGGAGACUCCUGCAGAUUUCUUUUGUUUUUUGACUGUUGUAUUCCUUCAUUUAAUAUUAUUAUUUUGUUGUAUUUAAGUAUAGCGUUUUUUCCAUCGUUUCUUAAUUUCUUUACUUUUUCAUUGAGAGUUAUCCUUUCUUUUAAUAUUUUUUGUGGAUAAUCAUCCUUUACAUAAUAAGGAGUAUUAUUUAAAGUGUUCUUGCAUUUAUUUAUUUGUAUCUUUUUACUUACAGUGGUAAGAGACAAUAUUAUUGGCCUUAUCUUGUCGCCCUUCUUGCCUUUUCUGUGAAGAGAUUCUAUUUCUGAAAUGAUUUAACUCAACUGACAUUUUUUCAUUGAUUAGUGUCAAAACUUCCUUCGUUAAAUCAUGAUAAUCCUUUUCCUUCUCCUCGAUUCCAAAAAUUACCAAAUUUUUUCUUCUUAUAUAUUUUUCUAUUAGAUCUAUACGUUUUUCUUGUUCUUCGACUUUAUUGUUUAAUUCAGUAUAUUUUGAUUCGAUUUCCGAAAAUUUUUGGUUUAUGUUGUUGUUUAUGGAUUCCGUUAUACUUUUUUCAAAAAUGUGUAGUUCUUGUUUUUGAGUUUGCAUCUCAAGCUGUAUAUUUUUUAGUAUUUCAGUUAUUUCUUCCAUUUCAAAUAGGUAGUACUAAAAACAUGCAAUAUUUAUUUUAAAAACUCGACAGCACACAGGUAACAAAUAGCCGGCCGCGGCUAAGUUCUCUGACUAUGAUUACUGCUUAACCGACAUGACGCCGAAAAAAUCCGAUGUAAGAUUUAAGGAUGAGAAACAAAACGGAAGAGAUACCAAAUCUCCAACACCAGCUGCCGUUGGCAUUAAAUUAGGAUGGAUUCAAGGCGUGCUGAUACCAUGUCUGCUGAACAUCUGGGGCGUGAUGCUGUUCCUGCGCAUCUCGUGGGUGGUGGGGCAGGCGGGCAUCGGCCUCACGCUCGUCAUCAUCGGCAUCUCGGCGGUCGUGUGCGUCAUCACCACGCUGUCCAUGAGCGCGAUAUGCACCAACGGGGAAAUCAAGGGAGGCGGCAUUUACUAUAUAAUUUCAAGAUCACUCGGUCCCGAAUUUGGUGCAUCUGUCGGCAUAAUCUUUGCCUUCGCAAACGCAGUUGCAGCCAGUAUGAACACUAUAGGGUUCUGCGAUUCCCUGAACGACCUGCUGAAGACACAAGGGACGUAUAUAAUUGACAACAGUGUCAAUGAUGUGAGGAUCGUGGGCACUGUGGCGUUGAUCGUCAUGUGUGUGAUUUGUGCUGUCGGCAUGGACUGGGAAAGUAAGGCGCAGAAUUUCCUGGUCUCAAUAAUCGUGGGCGCUAUGGUAGACUUCAUAGUCGGUACCUUGAUGGGACCAAAAGACUUAAAUGAGGUUGCAAAGGGAUUUGUGGGAAUAUCAACGGAGACGUAUGCUGCUAACUUUGGGACUGACUUCCGGAUAAGCGAGGGAAUACAACAAGAUUUCUUCACUGUUUUCGCGAUAUACUUUCCUUCUGUCACCGGCAUUCAAGCUGGCGCUAACAUCUCAGGAGAUCUAAAGGAUCCAGCGUCAGCUAUUCCCAAGGGAACUCUUCUAGCCUUGCUGAUAUCAGUAAUCAGCUACGCAGUCAUGGCGCUGUUUGCCGGAGGCGGGGCGCUGAGGCAGGCCAGUGGCAACUUUUCUGACCUGGUGCUUGCUAAUGGAACCCUUGUGGAUUACAGCGGAGUAUCCAAUUGCGUGAAUACUAUAGAGGGUUGUGAAUUUGGUCUUCAUAACAGCUAUUCUGUAAUGCAGCUCAUGUCUGCGUGGGGCCCGUUCAUCUACGCGGGCUGCUGGGCGGCGACGCUGUCCACGGCGCUGACCAACCUGCUGUCCGUGCCGCGGCUGAUCCAGGCGCUGGGCCGCGACCGCAUCUACCCCGGCCUCAUCUUCUUCUCCAAGCCCUACGGCCGCCACGGCGAGCCCUACCGCGGCUACGUGCUCACCUUCUUCGUUUCGCUCAUAUUCUUGCUUAUCGCGGAGCUGAACACAAUCGCGCCUCUAAUCUCCAACUUCUACCUGGCGUCGUACGCGCUGAUCAACUACUGCACCUUCCACGCAGCACUCGUGCGUCCACUUGGCUGGCGACCUACUUUUAGAUUCUACAACGUCUGGUUGUCGCUGGUCGGGUUCCUGCUGUGCGUCGCCAUCAUGCUUCUCAUCAGUUGGCAAACCUCCUUGGUGACCUUCGCGAUUUUCUUUACGCUCUACCUGAUCGUGCACUACCGGAAUCCUGAUGUUAACUGGGGAAGCAGUACGCAAGCCCAAAUAUACAAGACGGCGCUGUCCAGCGCUCACAACUUGGCAAGGACCGGCGAACAUGUGAAGAACUACUGGCCUCAACUGCUGGUGCUGGCGGGGAAACCUCAAGACAGGCCAGCCCUUGUGGACCUGGGGAGUCUCAUCACCAAGUCCGGAUCACUGAUGAUUGUGGGAGAUAUAUCACAACAAAAACUGACAUACAAGGAGCGCGCACAUAGAAGACGUUUGGGAGACGACUGGUUGCGCGAACGUAAAGUGCGUGCAUUCUGUACGGGCGUGAACGGGUUUAGCUUCGAGAACGGCGCUCGAGCGCUGAUGCAGGCCACGGGCGUGGGCAGACUGGCGCCCAACGUGUUGCUCAUGGGCUACAAGGCCGACUGGGCGACCGCGCCGUCCGCUGAUCUGGAGUCCUACUUCAAUGUGCUGCACACGGCGUUCGAAACUCGUUUAGCAGUGGCCAUCGUCCGCGUGGCAGGCGGGCUGGACUUCGCCGCGGUGUGCGAGGAGGCGGGCAGCAGCGGCCUCACCGCCACGUCCAGCUGCGGUGACCUGCGCGUGUGCGCUCCCAUCAUGCACGCCGACUCCGACCUCGACAUCCGCACGGCCGCGGACUCGCAGCCUUUCAGUGGGAAUAACCUCAAUCUUUUGACUCUCACAUCGUCGAGAUCAUUUACGAUAUCGGAGAAAAGUGAUACAAAAGAGAGGGAAAAAAAUAAUAAAGGAAUAGACAUGCACCGACAAGUGGUGUACAAGUCAGCCUCCGGGAUAGAAGUCUCUAUGAAGCAACUAUCUAAUAUGACGAUAUUUAAGAGGAAACAGGAAGCCGGCACGCUGGACGUGUGGUGGCUGUACGACGACGGCGGGCUGACGAUCCUGCUGCCCUACAUCAUCUCGCAGCGCUCGGCGUGGGCGCGCUGCAAGCUGCGCAUCUUCGCGCUCGCCAACCGACACCACGAGCUGGAGUUGGAGGAAAGGAACAUGGCCAAUUUACUGGCCAAGUUCAGGAUAGACUACUCCUCGUUGACGAUGGUUCAGGACAUUAUGGAACCGCCUCAGCCAGAAACUAAGAGAAUGUUUGACGACCUUAUCAAGAAGUUUACUGAUGAAACGGGAGAGUGUAAGAUCAGUCAGACGGAGCUGACGACGCUGGCGGAGAAGACGAACCGGCAGCUGCGCCUGCGCGAGCUGCUGCUGGCCAACUCCUCGCAGGCGCGUCUCGUCGUCAUGUCGCUGCCCAUGCCCAGAAAGGGUUCGGUGUCAGCGCCGCUGUACAUGUCGUGGCUGGAGAUGAUGAGCCGAGACCUUCCGCCCAUGCUGUUCGUGCGCGGCAACCACACCUCUGUUCUUACUUUCUACUCCUAGAUAAACUGCUUAGAUUCAUUCUAACUGUUACUUUAUGAUCUGACACAAUCUGUAUGCUGUUAAAAAACUAAAAAU